AUGAGUGAAACGCAUUUACCGAUAACCGGAAUUUGCUUAGUUGCGAAACCAAGCAACGUUCCCACAGGUUAUCAUUGUAUCCGAAAAGCUUUUGAUGACACAAAUCGCGAUGCUGAUCUUAUGCAAGAUUCGCUACUUGAACGUAAAGAUCGUUUUCUUUGUAUAACACGUGCAUGGCCAUUAACAGACAUGCGUACACUCGGUAGCGAUUGUGCACGUGUUCUUGAAGACGUGAAAAUUAUCAAUGAACGUGAUAAUCCGCCCGCAAAUUAUACAGGUUUGACAUAUACAUCCGACACACGUGAGAAAGGGACGGUGAAAAAGUUAAUCUGUGUCAAAAUAGUCGAGAGACAAGGAGGCAUGAAAUGUAUAUGUGAUAUUAUUUUUCUUUAUCGUACAAAACGUCCACCUCAAUUCUAUACUCUCAUUGGCGACAUCAAUGGUUUGCAAAUGUGUGUGAAAGAAGGAACUGUUCCAGCUCUACGUCCUGCACCAACUGUACCAUCUCAAGUUCAGUCGAAUCUCUAUCCGAACCCAACAGUUGAUCAACCAUUUCAAGCAGCGCAGCAAUCGGCACCAUACCCAACGAAUGACUAUUCGAAUACGAAUACACUUACGAAGAAAAGUGAUGAAAAAGAAAUUCUGGAUUGUAUCCCAUUUCAAAUCAAUCCGAAAUAUUUGGAUGCAAUGAGAAAAACCGGCAGCGGAAAUGAUUUAUCCACUUUCGAAACAUUUCGAAUUUUAUCAUCCUACGAAAUCGAGCAACAUUUUAACUAUGAUUUUCAUAUCGAACGAUCAUCUCUUUGA